GCGGGCCGGGCUCCCCGGGGGAGGCACCGGAAGGCGCCCGGCGCUGAUUCAUUGCAAUAAAUUGUUCCCAUCGCGGCGAGGCUCGGUCAUCGCCGCCCGAGCAGCAGUCGGAGCAGGAGCCGGAGCCUCCGCCGGGGAGCGAGGAUGAAGAUGCAAGCCGAGGUGAUCCGCGAGGGCGAGCUGGAGAAGCGGAGCGACAGCCUGUUCCAGCUGUGGAAGAAGAAGCUGGUGGUGCUGACCAAGGACAGCCUCAGUCUCUUCCCCGACGGGCACAAGCGGGCCAAGGGCAAGGAGCUGGGCUUCGGCUCCAUCCUCAAGGUGGACUGCGUGGAGCGCACGGGCAAGUACAUCUACUUCACCAUCGUCACCAAAGACCGCAAGGAGAUUGACUUUCGGUGUCCGGACCAGAGCUGCUGGAACGCCUCCAUCACCAUGGCCCUCAUCGACUUCCAGAACAAGCGGGCCAUCCAGGACUUCAAGAGCCGCCAGGAGAUGGAGCAGGCGGCGGGCACCCAGGAGCGGCGGCUGGCCCGGGCGCCCUGAGCCGCCCGCCCCGGCCCAGAGCAUACCACUGGAUGAUAAACCAGAUCGAGUGUCUUGGACUGAAAUGGGACAGGGUACCAAUGAAGGAAAGCAAAGAAGAGAGCUGGAAGCAGCUUGGUUUUCUCCAAGCCCGUUGUGGCUGCUGAGCAAAGAGCCCUGAGCUUUGCCUGAGAUGCAUAAAGAAAAACCAAAGACUUUCGUACAGGACUUCUAGCAAAGCGUCCACGUGUUUUG